CCAGGAUAUUUUCUGGAACUGCACAAUACCAGAAUCAUCAAACUUUUAUCUCUACCCACAUUCCAUACCCCUGACCCACACCAAACACCACCUCAUGCUGUUUUAUUACUAUAUUUUUACCAUUCAGAUCUGUCACUGACAAGCUACAACUCACACACGAGCAAGUGCGCAUCAUCAAACAUGAUGUCAAGUCAGGGGAGAUCGUAAAAAUUGUAGCAUUUGCAGGAACUGGGAAGACGACAACUCUUGUUGAAUACACCAAAAUGAGGCCAAUGGAGCGGUUCCUUAAUGUGGCUUACAAUAAGUCAAUUCAACAACAUGCACUGAAGACUUUUCCUAGCAAUGUGGAGUCUCGCACAAUCCACUCCCUGGCUUUUAGAGGUGUAGGCUUUCAAUACAAACACAAGCUCGCCUUUGGUUUGCGGAUCAGCACCAUCAUGAAUGCCCUCCCGAAUGAAUGUGGCUAUCUGCAUGCGAGACGAGUUGAAGAUACUCUGAAAAACUUCAUAGCGUCUUCUGACACUACUGUGCAAGCCAAACAUGUUCCUCGUACCAAUAGAGUCGUUGUGGAGGUGUCUUUAUCAGAGGGUAGUGACAUAGUGCAGUCAAUCUUUGGUAAUCAUGGUGCAGACGUCACUUAUUUGAACAGUGACAAGCACAUUCAGAAAGUUGUAUCACAUGCUGAAGGGCUGUGGCAAAGAAUGAGGGAUCCUAGAGAUAAAGAUUUUCCAAUCACCCAUGAUGGUUACCUCAAGAUCUAUCAGCUUAACAGACCGGUUUUGGAUGGAUAUGAUUGUCUCCUUGUAGAUGAGGCUCAGGAUUGCACUCCUGCUGCGUCAGACAUUCUUCUCAGACAAUCCUGUGCCAAGAUUUUGGUUGGUGAUCCGCAUCAACAGAUUUACGCCUUUCGUGGAGCAAGAAAUGCCCUUCAGGAGGUGACCAGUACUCACACCUUCUACCUCACACAGUCAUUCAGAUUUGGGCCGGAGAUAGCGUAUGUGGCAUCUUGUGUACUGGAUGUAUUGAAGGGUGUACGAAACAAGACUCUGGUUGGAGGAGCUAAGAGAGGUUCUGUGAUGGGUGAAAAAUCUGGUCAAGUAUGCGUUAUCACUCGGUGUAAUUACACGCUGUUUAAUGAAGCAGUUAAUGUCUGUUGUGCAAACAAUAACUCCAAAGUUGGAUUUGUUGGGGGUUUGCAAGGCCUUGCUCUUGACCGAGUGCUUGAUAUUCACAAGCUGUUUACGGCUGGUACAAAUAAACCUUAUCUGGGAAUCAAUGAUGCUUUGAUCAAGAAAUUCAAGUCGUUUUCUGAAUUAAAGAAAUACGCUAAGGUGGCUCCUGACCCAGAAUUGCUUGGCAAGAUUAAGAUCGUUGAAACACACCACGUGCUACUGCAGAACAGAAUUGAGAAGAUCAAGUCCAAGGCUGUAGCCAACUUACAGCAAGCAGACAUCAUUUUCUCUACGGCACACAAAGCCAAAGGACUUGAGUUUGAUACCGUCCGAGUCACAGAUGACUUUUUACCAGGAACAGACAUUGGAGUGGCAUGGAGUGAACAUGGAGAGGACGAGAAAAACUUGGUGUAUGUUGCCGUCAGUCGCGCGAAGAGGUGCCUGCAGCUAAACAGUACAAUUCUCGGCAUUCUUGGUUCCAGAAAGGAACACUUCGUGAAGGCAAUUUUACCGAAGGAAGUGACUCAGCCGGCUAUCUGCCGGAGCUGUAAAGGAGAAAUCGACUUUACCCCGCGUCCCCAUGUGGUCAUCCAGAAAGAAGACAUAACUUUGGGAGGAAACGUCAAAGUUGCUGGCGGCAUUCUUUGCCCCUCGUGUGCGCUCAUGAAAAUACCUCAUUUAGGAUGCCUUGCUUAUGUAAACGUUGACAGUAUAAAUUCAAGUUCGUCGUAAGAUUCCCGAGACUCCCGCAGUCCCGAAGAGUCCCGUUUGAGAUAAUGCUAAAGGUGACGAGGAUCAGGUUGUUUCGUGUAAUGCUACGAAAUGAAAUCACUACAAUGUUACGUUAAGAUAUUGUACACUCUUCUAUUGUUACGUUUGAAAAUGGGCAGUGCAAAGACCCUCUCUCUAAUAGUAUUUUAUUUACAGUGUAACCGUACACUGCUUAUCCUGCAUUUCUCACUUUUGGUGCAUAAAAUUUUCAUAUCAACCAUCAGUGACCUAAAGUCUGAAACGCCGAACGAACUCAGGUUAAAGUGGAAUGAUAUUUUGAACAUCCGAAGGAGCUUUGCAAGAUAUUAAGAACAAGAAGGAUAACAUAUGAUUUGCCUUCUCGCCGGUAUCAUAAGGACUUCUGAGGAUUUAGAACUCACUUUUUUCUUCCCAUGUCAUUGCCCUUGGCAAAUUAUAUUCUAUGAUCUUAUCUGGUUUUCUCGUUUCGUUACCUACAAUAGCAUAUUGCAUACAUAUACCAAUACUGUUAUUGUUAGAAAUUUAAGAAACGAAACGUUUUAUGAAUAUUGUAAAUACUUGGUGAAAUCUAUGAAAACAAUGUACUGUUAAGGAUGGUCUUUAGUUAGAACAAAGUAUAUUUUUCUAGAUUUAGUAAAUUCGUUUAAUUUA